AUUUACAUUUCUUUGUAUUAUAAUCACAAGAAGUUAUUCCCCGUCCCAAUUUAUGUCUAUUUCAGUUCACUCUUCACCCCCCAUGCCCCACAGAGGAAAAAUAGAGAGAGACCUGUGGUCACAAUACAGCUUGUUAUACUCAAAAUCAACAAUUACAUUAGCUAAAAGACACUCAAAUGACUGACAAACGAUAGUAUACAGCGAAUUUGGUAUCAUUAAAUAGAUCUUCUAAGAUCAUUGCUUUGCAUUAUCAAUUAUUGUUUUAGCUCAACAAGGAAAAAAGAAAAACCUGCUUGUCAUAGUUAUGGGCAGAAGUUGCAAUCUUGUCUUUGCUCUUGCAGCUUUCAUUCUACUACAUGAGCAUACUACAGUUGCUACUGUUCACAAUAUUGGCACUGAUAAAGCCGCACUUCUUGCCUUGAAAUCUCACAUUUCUUCUGAUCCUAACAAUAUCAUAGAAAGAAACUGGACUUCUACCAGCCCGGUUUGCAGCUGGAUUGGAAUCACUUGCAGCUCCCGCCACAAUCGAGUCACAACUUUAGACAUUUCUAGCAUGCAACUUCAUGGUACCAUUCCUCCACACCUUGGAAACCUCUCAUUUCUUGUCUCUCUCGACAUCACUAACAACACUUUCCACGGGGAUUUUCCAGAAGAGUUGGCUCAUUUGCAGAGGUUGAAAUUGAUUAAUGUCAUCAUUUUUAAGUUUGUUACCAAACCUACGCUCUGUGUACCUGUGGAGGAACCAAUUUUCUGGGAAAAUUCCAUCUUCCCUUUCCAAUCUAACAAAGCUGGAAGUGUUGAGCUUGCAGAGAAAUUUUAUCGAAGGAGAGAUCCCUCGGGAACUCGGUGAUCUUCGUUACCUGACUAUCCUAGACCUGCAACAUAAUCAACUUAGUGGCUCUAUACCACCAUCAAUAUUUAACAUUACGACAGUGCAAAUCAUUGCUCUUACCAGCAACAAUCUUAUUGGUAAACUUCCAGCAACUAUAUGCGACCAUCUUCCAAACUUGAAAGGGCUUUACCUCUCACGCAACUCGCUAUUUGGAGUUAUCCCACGAAACCUGGAGAAAUGCAGAAAGCUUCAAGCCUUGUCAUUGUCUGAAAAUGAGUUUGUUAGAACUAUACCAAGAGAGUUAGCCAACUUAACAACUCUUGAAAUAUUAGAACUUGGAGCACUAUACUUGGAAGGAGAAAUACCAGUGGAGCUCGGUAAUCUUGAGAAACUACAGGUGCUGGGAUUAUCAGAGAAUGAGUUUACUGGUCCUGUCCCUCCAAGCAUUUUCAACGUGUCAACACUGCAGAAACUAGGUCUUGGAGGAAAUAAGCUUUCAGGUACUCUACCUUCGGAUUUAGGUCAUGGAAUGCCCAUCCUAGAACAAUUUGUUUGUGCAAGAAAUAAUCUGAGUGGUUUAAUCUCUGCUUUAAUCUCGAAUUCUUCAAGACUCAGAUUGCUUGAUCUCUCAGGCAACAGUUUCACAGGUCCAAUUCCUGAAUCACUUGGUAACUUAGAAUACCUUGAGAUUCUUAACUUGCAGAGAAACAAUUUUUUCAGCUACUCAGCGUUGAGCUUCCUUACAUCAUUAACGAACUAUAGGAAACUAAGAGUAGUCUGGUUUGGUGAUAAUCCGUUGGACGGUGUUUUGCCUGCAUCUAUAGGGAAUUUCUCCAACUCUCUACAGGUUUUUGAAGGAUCGAAUUGUAAACUUAAGGGCAUCAUUCCUGAAGAAAUUGGUAAUCUUACUGGAGUGACAAAAAUGAUUCUGUUUAACAAUAAGUUGACUGGAGAUAUUCCGAAUACUGUCCGAGGCAUGUUGAACCUUCAAGAAUUUUACCUACAAAGCAACAAUAUUGAAGGUACCAUACCAGAUGUUAUGUGCAGUUUAAAGAAUCUUGGUGCAUUAGACUUGUCAGAAAAUAAUUUUUUUGGUUUGGUGCCUCCAUGCUUAGGAAAAGUUACCAGUUUGAGGUAUCUUUAUCUAGCUUACAACAUGUUGAAUUCAAGCUUACCUGAAAGCUUGGGAGGCCUUCGCGAUCUCAUAGAAUUCAAUAUUUCAUCCAAUUUAUUGAGUGGGAAAAUUCCUCUGGAGAUUGGAAAUUUAAAGGCUGCAACGCUCAUUGAUUUGUCAAAAAAUAAAUUUUCUGGAAACAUUCCUAGCACCCUAGGGGGUCUAGACAAAUUGAUUAAUCUCUCUCUGUCACAUAAUAUAUUAGAUGGGCCUAUUCCAAAUUCAUUUGGCAAAAUGUUGGCGUUGGAAGUCUUGGAUUUGUGCUAUAACAAUCUUAGUGGUGAAAUUCCAAAAUCUUUAGAAGCACUUGUGUAUCUCAAAUACCUGAACUUCUCAUUCAAUAAACUUAGUGGAGAGAUUCCCACUAGUGGUUAUUUUGCAAAUACCACAGGUCAAUCUUUCUUGUCCAAUGAUGCACUCUGUGGUGACUCCCGGUUUAACGUGAAACCAUGUGUCAUCUUGUCUUCCAAGAGGAAAAAGGCAUUCUUGGUUUUGUACAUCAUUUUGGGAGUGGGUCUGUUAUUUGUUGUAUUUUCCCUCGCAUAUGUAUUUUUAAGGACAAAGAAGAAUAUAGGCCAAGCAGAUGUGUCUUUGGUAAAAGUGCAUGAAAGAAUUUCCUAUUAUGAACUUGAACAGGCAACAGAAGGAUUCAAUGAAAGCAACUUGCUUGGUCAUGGGAGUUUCAGCAUGGUCUACAAAGGGAUGUUUAGGGACGGUACCCUUUUCGCAGCAAAGGUCUUCAAUGUCCAAUUGGAGUGUGCAUUCAAAAGUUUUGAAAUAGAAUGUGAGAUACUUCGGAACCUUCGUCAUAGAAAUCUGACCAAAGUCAUAACAAGCUGCUCCAACCCUGAUUUUAAGGCCCUAGUGUUGGAAUACAUGCCCAACGGGACACUUGAUAAAUGGUUAUACUCUCACAACUUGUUCUUGAACUUAUUGCAGAGAUUAGAUAUAAUGAUAGAUGUCGCAUCUGCAAUGGAUUAUCUCCACAAUGGCUAUUCAACACAUGUGGUGCAUUGUGACUUGAAGCCAAGCAAUGUCUUGCUAGAUCAAGAAAUGGUUGGUCAUGUCAGUGAUUUUGGCAUUGCAAAAUUGUUAGGUGAAGGGGAGGCUUUUGUUCAAACAAGGACGAUUGCAACCAUUGGAUAUAUUGCUCCAGAGUACGGGCAAGAUGGAAUAGUAUCCACGAGCUGUGAUGUUUAUAGUUUUGGCAUCCUGAUGAUGGAGACGUUCACAAGAACGAGACCAAGCGAUGAUAUAUUUAAUGGAAGAUUGAGCAUACAACGUUGGGUUAGUGAUUCUUUUCCAGGUGAAAUUCAUAAGGUGGUGGAUUCUAAUUUGGUACAACCAGGGGAUGAAAAAAUCGACACAGAGAUGCAAUGUUUGUUAUCUAUCAUGGAAUUAGCUUUGAGUUGCACUUUAAUGACACCUGAUGCAAGGAUUAGCAUAGCAUAUGCUCUUUCCACACUUAAAAAGAUUAGGUUCCAGCUUGUCAGUAGUCGGCACUAGAUGGUGCCGGACCGUCUACUCUUGUAUGUUAGUAUUUGAUUACCUAUGCCAGUUACGUUAGCCUCAAUUUGCACAAGUACUUAAGUGCGUUUAAUCACGGUUGUAGGAAGCAACUCGUUUCUUGAUUUGUGAUCUUUGAACUUUUGCGCAAGUGUUUUGUUGGCUGGA